AAAAAUUAAAAAUCUAAAAACUGAAGAAUAAAAAAUGUGAAAAAUCCCUAAACUGAAAUAUCGAAAAAUUUGUUACACAUAUAUUUACAUAUCCACACUUUUUUUUCCAAAAAUCUCGAUGUCUAGGAUAUGAACGGAUAAAUUUUGAUCAACGAUUUACCAUGCUCGGUCGGGUAGUUUCGACGACUUAUCAAUCUAACAAAAAUCCGAAAAGAUGGAAACGGGAGACCAAUUUUUUCGUACCCUUGGGGUCAUGAAACAUUCAGAAAAAAAAUACUUGGAGCCCUCAAGAUUUUUAAAGCAAAAUUGAAAAAAAAAUUCGAACGUACUUCUACAAGCACAAGGUGGACUGCAUUUAAGUAAUAAAAACAUCACCGAUUUGUUGGUUUAAUAGCUGCUUAUUAAAGAAAUCUCUAGAACAUUACUCAUCCUUAUUUUGUUUUUCAUAUCUACACACAGGUACUCAUCAAAAUGAGUUGCAAAAAAAACAGGUUCUAAUCUAUGGCGACCUUGCCAGAAAACGCUAAAACCACGCCAUCGCGCUCGCAGACCCGAAAUUACGUGGGUACAUUCAUCGAUUAUUACGCGAAAUACAAACACUCCGUCCGGUAGCAUAAUUAAAAAUAAGAUGGUGAACUACUGUAAAAGCAAGAAGUCUUUGAUUGGGAAAACUGCAAUUAUCACCGGCGCCAACACAGGCAUCGGCUAUGAAACGGCGUUAGAAUUCGCAAAACGCGGCUGCCGCGUAAUAAUGGCAUGCCGCAACCAGGAAAAAGCAAACGCGGCCAGAGAAAAAAUCGUGCAAGCAACCGGCAACGAAAACGUCGUCGUCAAAUCACUCAACCUAGACUCCCUCGCGUCGGUGCGAGCCUUCGCCAAAGACAUCAACGAAACCGAAGACCGCUUGGACUUACUCAUCAACAACGCCGGAGCAGCUCAACUCCCGGACAAAACCACUGAAGACGGCCUCCAGUUAGAAAUGGCCUGUAAUUAUUUCGCCCCGUUUCUUCUAACCAUCCUACUUUUGGAUCUCCUAAAGAAGUCCGCACCCAGUAGAAUCGUCAAUGUUUCCUCCGCCGCUGCGAAGAUGAUCCACAACUUAAAUGUGGAAGAACUUAAUAAAUACGGGGGAUGGAUGUUGUAUUGCAGGACGAAACUUUGUCAGAUUUACUUCACUCAAGAGCUCGCGAAGAGGUUGGAAGGGACUAAUGUUACCACCUAUUCGUUGCACCCGGGGGCCGUCAACACGGAGUUUCUGAGGGGUUCGACCAUCGGGAGCUGGGUAGCUUCAAAGGUGUUCAAGACGCCUGAAGAAGGUGCCCAGACUACCAUAUAUUUGGCACUGGAGGACGGAAUUGACGAGCACAAUGGAGAGCAUUUUGAAGAUUGCAAAAGAGUUAAACCGUACUGUGGGGCUAAGGAUGAAGAGAAGAGAAAAAAAUUGUGGGAAAUCAGCGAAGAAAUGGUCGGAUUACGACAGAAGUAGUUUCUAAACUGCAUAAUGUACCCAUUUCUUCACUACCUAAUAAAUUUUACCAACUCAAUAAAACAAAAAACUCUCUAUAAACUGUU